GUCUUCUUAUUUCUGCAGCUUACAAAGGUGACCAGUAAAGUUCUCUCUGAGCAGCCAAAAAGCAGACAGCUCAUGACUUCUGAUCAGGACACUAAAGUUGUGGCUGAACCGCAGGUGCAGCAAGUACAAGAAGUUAAGGACGGUUCUCAUCUAGAGUCAACCAAGGUUUCUGAGUUAAACCCCAAUGCAAAGGUGUGGGGAAAUCAUAUGUUACACUUGGAAGCAAGUGGUGCCACUGAUGGUAGCGUGAGCAAAACGUGGGAAGAAAUACCUGACCAGCCUCCAGAUUCCUGUAAAGAAGGACUGGAUGCCAAUGGCGAUGGUGACAAGCAGCAUCAGAGCGCGGUGCUGACGGAGCUGCCGGAGCCGAGCGCGGCCGUGCCGGGCUCGGAGCAGGCGGACAUGAACCCUUUGGCUCUUGAUCAUUCCGAGUAUGAGUCUAUGCACGAAACCACCCAGACAGGUGGAAACGAACAGUUGCAGCCAGAAGGUCAGGAAGAUUUACGAGAAUUACUGAAAAAGACACUGGAAUUCUGUUUAUCUAGAGAAAAUCUUGCCAGUGACAUGUACCUUAUAUCACAGAUGGACAGUGAUCAGUAUGUGCCAAUAAUGACAGUAGCAAAUCUUGAUCAUGUCAAGAAACUCAGUACUGAUAUGGAUUUGAUUGUUGAAGUGCUGAGAUCGUUGCCUUUAGUUCAAGUGGAUGAAAAGGGGGAAAAAGUUCGGCCAAAUCAGAAUCGCUGUAUUGUGAUUUUACGUGAAGUACCUGAAUCUACUCCCAUUGAAGAGGUUGAAGCACUUUUCAAAGGAGACAAUUUGCCUAAGUUCAUCAACUGUGAGUUUGCCUAUAAUGACAAUUGGUUCAUCACAUUUGAAUCGGAAGCUGAUGCACAGCAGGCUUACAGAUACCUUAGAGAAGAAGUGAAGACUUUCCAAGGAAAACCAAUUAAGGCAAGGAUAAAAGCAAAGGCAAUAGCUAUAAACACAUUUUUGCCAAAGAAUGGAUAUAGACCUCUGGAUAUGAACCUCUACACGCAGCAGCGCUACACAACAUCCUUUUACAUCCCUCCAGUAUACAGUCCCCAGCAGCACUUCCCACUGUACAGCUUAAUUGGCCCACAGACCUGGUCAGCCACACACAGCUACCUUGACCCUUCAUUGGUAACACCAUUUCCAAAUACUGGAUUUAUCAAUGGAUUCACAUCUCCAACCUUCAAGCCUGCUGCUUCUCCACUGACAACACUCAGACAGUAUCCUCCCAGGAACAGGAAUCCUAGCAAGUCACAUAUACGCCAUACAAUACCCAGUGCAGAAAGGGGACCUGGGCUUCUAGACAGUCCUACAAUAUUCAACUUUUCUGCUGAUCGUUUAAUCAAUGGCGUCAGGAGUCCACAGACGCGGCAGCCGGGCCAAAGCAGGACACGGGUGCAGAGUGCCACCACCAGCUACACCAAGAGGGAAGUGGGGACUGGGAGGAUGGAACAGACCAGCCUUGACUCGUCCCCUGGAUUAGGGAGGGGGAGGAAAAACUCAUAUGGCUACCGAAAGAAAAGGGAGGACAAGUUUACAAGAGGCCAAACACAGUCUCCACCACCCCCAAAACCUCCAUCUCCCAGCUUUGAAUUGGGUUUAUCUAGCUUUCCUCCAUUACCUGGGGCUGCUGGCAAUUUAAAGACUGAAGACCUGUUUGAAAACAGACUGUCCAGUGUGGUAAUAGGAACGUCAAAAGAAAGAAACAUUAAUGUGGAUGCAAGUACAAACACUAUUCCAUCAGGAAUUCCUCGAGAGCCGUUACCAGUUUCUUCUACAUUGCCCAGGACCUUUGAAAGGUCUCCUUCGCCUCCCCAGCCUACUGAGGACUCCAAAGUUGUGGAUAAACAGCAGAGAGAGACACAGAGUACAGAAAGACUUUCUUCUUCCACUCUGAGUACUGCAUGUAAAUCGGUACAAGUCAAUGGGGCUGCCAUAGAACUGCGAAAACCUAGUUAUGCGGAAAUUUGCCAGAGAACAACUAAGGAUCCUCCUACAUUGCAACCCCAGAAAGAACAGAAGCCAAACACUGUAGCAUGUGGGAAAGAAGAAAAAAAGCCCACAGAAACAAUAGAGAAAAACAGAGAACCUCCUCCUGCAAAGUCACAUCCUGGACAACCCAAAGACCAGAGAAGACAGUCAGGACGCAGAUCGUCCCCUCCAGCCGUUGGCAAACGCUUAAAUAAAGAACAGAGUACCCCUCCAAAAUCUCCUCAGUGAAAAUAACACCUGGGAGGGAUUUGAGAAGAGGUCUGUUUCCCACAAAUUAAACCCAUGUUCCCACUAAGAUACCUGAGAAUGAGUUGCUGGUUAGGAGCUUGCAGUGAUACAAGGCAUGUAACAAUGCCUGCAAGAUAUUUUUUUGUGAAAUACUUUUUCCCCCUCUCGAACAAGCAUUCUAUUUUUCUGGGUAUUUCUGGAUAGUUGUUCUAAACCUUACAUUUAGAUUGGUGCUUAAUUGGAGGUGAAGCUUAGUGUGAUUUUUUUUUUCUUUUUCCAAGGUGUAAAAUAUUUGUCUUUAAAAAAAAUCAACUUUUUAUUAAGCCUCUCUGUGGCUGUGUGAGUGCAAGCUCUGUAUAGUGAGUUUUUUCUAAACUGUUAAGCAGAAACAUGCUGCUGCAAUAUUUUUAAUAAACUGGUCUGCAAGUACAUAUCUAAAUUAGUGUCCAAAAGACUUGAUAACGGCAGCUAGUGUGUAGAGUGCAAGAAAGUAGAUAUAUUUUACAAAUUAGUAUGUGACCUUGAAGACUUUUUUUUAAUGGGCUGCUGUACUAAGUGUCAGCAAACAAACUUGCACUUUUAGGUUAAAUGAGUAGCUGUUUCUAGCAUUUUUAAAAACCUAGUCUUUUUUUGAUGUUUUGCACACAUAAAAUGAAUUCUACAGGGCACCAUAUAGCAGUCUUUCUGAAAUAUUUCCUUUUUUGACUUACUGCAAGCAAGUAACCAUCUUCUCACUCCAGAAUAAAACUGAUGUUAUAAUUUGCAAAUACAAAGCACAUUGUGAAUAGAAAGAAUCAAGUCUGUGAGCUUCUAUGGUGGUGAAGCCUGUUAGUGGAUGUUAUCAGGAGAAAGCAGAGUAGCCUUCUUGUGAUAACCUUAGCUUCCCUGUGCUUGUAAGGGAGUUAACUGAGUCAGCGCUGUAUAUUCUGGUUACCCCUGUGCUCUGUGUAGACUUUUUUUUAAAACUCUGCCCCAAGUGCUCUUUGAAAGAGUUCAUAUCUUAGUCAGCCUUGUGUUGACAUCUUCCUGUAACUACGAGCAUUGGCAUAUGAAUUUCAAUUUUUCAAGCCGUGAGAUAAUGGUGUUUGUUUUGUGUGGUGGAGGAAGAGAUCCCUGAUAUUUACCUCUGGGAUGAGGUUUCUCACACUUAUUUACUUUAGAAGUGAUGCGCUUUCUGAAGGACAAGGAUGCACUAAAUUAGCAAGUUUCUAAUAAAGUUGAAUAUAAAUUAUUUUUGUUUUAAAAUGCCUAAAGCUUUUCUUUAAGUGUUUAAACUGCAGGAAGUUCAGACAAAACUCAUUCCUGCUGACUAUGACAGUACAGUUUAUUCCACAAAAAUGUUUAUUUAAACAACUGAUUUUUUUAAAGAAUUAUUUCCAUCCAAUAUUUAAAGACUUGAAUUUUAUUUAAACUUGAAAAUGACUUUGCCUUAACUUUUGUACAAGACAGUUUAGAGUUAAUGAGGUCUGACCCCGUGGAGGGUUAGCAUGAAUGGCAUACAGAAUUACUCAGUUACAGUAUGUAUCUAUUGUCACUGGUCUUACUGGGUAAACAUACUGUAGUACAGGAACUAGCAGCAGUUUUUGUAAUAUACCUUAAAGAUCUUAAACAGUUGAUCUUUUUCAGAUUGUUGAAAAACCUGUAAAUGCAAAUAGUCAAUACUGUAUUAAAUAUGUGCACUUGGAAGUGUGUGCUUUGCUUGUACAGUUGUAAAUAAUCAGAACAUAUAAAAAGGUACCCUAAAGAAAAAAAUCUGAUAAAAAUUAUUGAUAUUAUAAAUGUUGCUGUUGAGCUGGAUGUAGAUAAACUAAAUGUUGUGGUUUGAAUAUUACUUUAAUUUGUUGUUUUUUCUUUUUCUUAUUUUAUUCUGGUGUGUUGAACUGACUCUGCCUCUUCACUGCAAAAGGGAAAUGGAACGAAAGUCUUAUUUGAAAGCCCUCAAAUAUUUUCCUAAAGUCCCUUUAAAACCAAACAAUUUAACCAAUUCAAAAGUGUUCUGCAAUGUAAAUAAUGAAUUUCAGCAGUCAAACUGUAAUUUUUAAGUCAUUAAUAAAAAAUCAAGUCUAAUUGGGGAAAAACUUGACUGCUGCAAAAAUAUACACUGAAGCUUACUUGUCUGCUUUCAAGAGUAUCAAUGCAUGGUUCAUAGAACUGUAAAGUAACUAUAGAAGUUGACUCCUGAUAAAUUUCCUAUUACAAGCAUCAAUUGGUAACUAGUUGGCAUUGUAAAUCCAGCCUGUUGUAUGCUGCAGAAUUGGUCAAAAUAGGGCACGUGGAGUCUGUUGAUUUUUCCUGUUUCAAAAGCGCACUUUGUGAAUGCUGAGGGAGGAGAUAGGACCCCGACACCAUCACCAAAACUGCUCAGCUCCUUCUGUCAUUGGAUUUUUAGCCCAUUCUCCUUUCCCCAGCGGCAGUGAAAGCGGUGGCUAGAUUUGUGUGUGGUUUAGGCCAGCUGUAUGACUCAUUCUGUUUGUCUGCUGCAUUGAAAGGCUUUACCAGCUGCAGACAGUGGCGAGUGCUCCCUUCCAGCGGCUGCGAGCGGCUCGUGCUGGUGCUCAGCCGGUGCCCCAGGUGAUCUGUUGAGACCACUGGGAUGUGUUGUGCUGUUCUAAUGUAUUCUGCUGCCAUUUGUGAUAGGUCAAUACACUGUAAUUACUGCUUACCCAGCAACAGUCUGUUGCAUCUAAAGUUAAAACCUUCCUCUGAUGUGGUUUUAUAGCUUUUUUUUAAAAAAAGUGACACGCCAAAUCGCUCUGUAAUAUACAAUACAACUUCUCCUUACUGUAUUUUGCUUUGAGAUUUAUUUCCCCCCACCCCCACUCAGUGACAAAAUGGAGUUUUUGGAGUAGAGUUGUGAAGUUGCAUGCAGACUGUUGCUAUGAUACAGAGAGGGAUUAAAACAUAGCUUUUAAAAUUAAAAAUCUCCCAAAAGCAGUAGCUGAGCUCAAGGUUCAGGGAUCCAGUAAUUAAAAUUGGCAUUUUACCCUGUUAGAACUGCGUGGUGAUGCUUUUCAUUUGGAAAACAAGUCAAAAUGGGAUCUGAGGUUCUUCCAGGAAUUGUUAAAAAAAGGUUGCUUUCAAAACUGAAUGUCAUUUCAGAUCAGUCCCACCCCGUGACAGUGUCACAUAGAAACCUGUGAGCAGUGGCAGAUUUUUUAUGUUGCUGCCUUGUCCUUCAAAGCCUUGAGCCCUUGGCUGGGAAAGGCCCUUGGAGCAGGGGCAGUGUAUCAGGAGCAACAGCUGACUGUAAUGGUGCACACCUAUCUCUGUAUCUCCUUCAGCUCCAGGUAGGGGUUUGUGCUUCGGAGCCUAUUACACUAGUAGCAGCAGACAAUCCAAGAUUUCUGAGGACACCUAACAGCUGCCAAUUCACAAAAUAGAAGUGUAAUAUGGGAGCCUUUUUGAGGGUUUUUGUUUUUGUUCUUCUUCCAUUAAGACUGGAAUCAAGCUUACAUGUAAACUAUCAGUAAUUUAAGUUUCCUUUUGUGUCAUAAAAAUGUAAAACUGUCUAAUUUGAAAAAAAAUAUGUAGGUUAUGAAAAAUAAAGAUUUAGGCACUGUUGAA